AUGUCAGCAGUUGUUACAAAAGGUGGAGCCCACAGACAGCACCCUGACCCAGGAUGCCCAGCAUACAGUCACUACAAGCUCUGCGAGCCCGCCUGCCGGGACUCCUGUGCACGCAGCUUGGUCCAGGCUCACUGCAGCCAUCUGUGUGCCGAAGGCUGUUUCUGUACCGACGGGUACCUGCGCAGCGGGGCCAGCUGCGUUCCAGAGAAGCAGUGCGGCUGCGUGCGCAACGGGCUGCAUUACCCAGUUGGGGACCGGGUCUGGCUCUCCGGUUGCCAGGAAAGGUGCAGCUGUGAUGGCCAUUUAAAUUUUCACUGCGUCCCCGCCAGCUGUAACCCCAGCCAGCGGUGUGCUGUGAAGGACGGGAAGUUGGGCUGCCAGAGCCAGCUGACCACCUGCACGGUGACAGGGGACCCUCACUACUUCACCUUCGAUGGGGCAGUGGCCCAUUUCCAGGGCACGUGCGCCUACGAGAUCUCGCACACCUGCAACUCCUCCCUCGACUUCUCCUUCCGGGUGGUGGCCACAAACAGGCACCGCAGGAAUCGCCGGGUCUCCUUCGUCUCCCGGGUGGACGUCUGGCUCGAGAGAGGGGAUCAGGACGCUCACGUUGUCCUGGGGGACAGCAAGGCUGCUGAGGUUAACGGGGAGAGGGUGAGCCUGCCGCACGCCCUGGGCUCUCUGGGCAGCGUGACCAGGAUCAGAAACCUGGUGACCAUACAGACCCCAGCCAAUGUGGAGAUCCAGUUCAAUGGCCGCCACACUUUGUUCGUCCGCGUGGGCCCGGAGUAUCGGGCGCGGCUGUGCGGGAUGUGUGGGAAUUUCAACGACAUCCGCAGGGACGACAAAGUCCUGCCCAGCGGGGAGAGAGCCCGGAGUGACGCAGAGUUCGGGAACGCCUGGAAGUCUGAGCCCAGCCCGGCCAGGUCUGGUAUCCUGACAGAGCAGCGGGAUCCCUGA